AUGACCCAUUCAUUAGCUUUAGUUGCCGAUUCAUUUCACAUGUUAAAUGAUAUAUUUUCAUUAAUUGUAGCAUUAUGGGCAGUUAAUGUUGCUAAAACAAGAAAACCAGAUGAAAAAUACACUUAUGGCUGGAAAAGAGCUGAAAUCUUGGGCGCUUUGAUUAACUCAGUGUUUUUAAUUGCCUUAUGUGUUAGUAUAUUUAUUGAAGCUAUACAAAGAUUAUUUGAACCUCAAGAAAUAGGAAAUCCAUAUCUAGUACUAAGCGUUGGUGCUGCAGGGUUAGCUUCCAAUAUAAUAGGUUUAUUCCUUUUCCACGAUGUAGGACAUGGUGCACAUUCUCACUCACAUGGAGACAGCCAUGAUGAUCUGGAAGAUUAUGGUGAACUACAUGAUGAAUCGUCGCAUUCUCACGCAACUUCUCAACCAACUGAACAUUCUCAUUCGCAUUCACUUUCUCCUACUCCAGAAGAGACACCUUCUUCUUCUGGAUCUAUCACUAAUGUUAUUCCUCAAGUUAUUGUUGAUAAUGAAGCCUCUCACUUGUUGGCUGGAACAAAUAAUAAUCACAAUGCCCAUUUGGAGCAAAGAUCAAAUACUCAUAUAGGCCAUUCACAUGGCUCAAUGAACAUGCAAGGUGUAUUUUUACAUGUUCUUGGCGAUGCAUUGGGUAAUAUUGGUGUUAUCGUUGCUGCACUAUUCAUUUGGAAAACUGACUAUUCUUGGAGAUUUUAUGCUGAUCCUUUAGUUUCAUUAGUAAUUACUGUCAUUAUCUUUUCAUCAGCGAUGCCGUUAUCAAGGAAGGCUUCCAAAAUUUUGUUACAAGCUACUCCAUCUACAAUUGCUUCUCAAAGUGUUCAAACUGAUAUUUUAGCCAUUCCAGGCGUUGUCUCCGUCCAUGAUUUCCAUAUUUGGAACUUAACCGAAUCACUUUUCAUUGCCUCCGUUCAUGUUAAAGUAGAUGCUACACCUGAGAAUUUUACGUCAAUUGCAAAACUCAUAAGAAACGUAUUUCAUAACUACAACAUUCACUCCGCUACUGUACAGCCAGAAUUUAUAAAUUCAUCAAUCACAGCGGAUCAAAAUAAAAAAUUCUCCAUAUUGGCAGGUUCUUCAACUGAAUCGUCGACUGCCUUAGAAAUCACUAAUGGAACCCAAGACGUCAUUAGGCCAUCACAGAACCGUUACGGCUCCACUCAAGAUCAAUCUAAUUGUUUGGUGGAUAAUUUAUCCAAUUGUAAUACUGAUGAUUGCUUACCAAAAUAG